AUGAGUGUGUGUCGUUUAUGUGGAGACUUCAAAUGUUUUGAAGAGCUUCAAGAUAUUUAUGACAGUGAAUCAGACAUAAUAUUGAAGCUUAGAAAUACUUUGAAAGUUGAAUUGGAAUACAACAAAAUGCUUCCGAAUUCUGUUUGUUUAGAAUGUGUGAAUAAUUUAGAAAACUGUAAUAAGUUUUUAGAAUUGAUCUCAGCUGUUCAAACCAGGUUUGAAAUUGAGCUUCAACAACAACUACAAAUGUUUGAGUGCAAUUAUGAAGUACCAAAUGAUUCACAUGAAGUUGAAUUGAAAAACAUAGAAAUUAAAUUAGAAAAACUCAAUCCAAAUAAGAUUAAACAUUCCACUGCAAACAGACGAAGUACCAAACAGAAAAACCCACAAUCUACAAAAGAAAAUGUGUCGAAAAAACCAAACGAAUCGAAAAGUGAAAGCAUAGCGUCAAAGCCAAAACAACGCAGACGAAUUCGAGUUAAAAAGUACACACAUAUUGCAGAGAACUAUCAAAUGGCAAAUCUUUUCGAGAAUGAACUGGAAGGUCGAUUUGUCGUUCAACCGCAAGAUAUGGACAUUGGCAACCACCAAAAGACUGAAGACGGAAUUUUACCGGAUGAGAUGCUGGAAAAGUUGAAGGAAAUUAGCUGGAAAAAUUAUAAAUGGAAAUGUGAAGAAUGUCAGGAAUAUUUCGAGAAUGUAAUGGAUCUCGAAAUGCACAGUUUAAAGCUUCAUAAGAAGCGAGUUGUACUUGAUUGCUGUGCCCGAACUUUUCGAACUUAUGCCAAAUAUCUUUUCCACAUAACUGAGAAACAUCAGCCUGACCUCAAAUAUUGUUGCUUGAUUUGUUCAGAAUAUCGAACAAGUUUUCUUCAUCUUUAUCGACAUAUAGAGUCUGCUCAUUCAAAUUACAAAAUUUUAAUUUGUUUGUAUUGCGGACAAUUUCAUUAUGAUUGUUACAUGCUCUUCAGACAUAUUGAUGAGAAACAUGUUCCGCUGCCGCUUUUGUAUCAUUGCGAUUUAUGUGGGGAAAGCUUUUCCAGAAGAGAUAAAAUUAUUAGGCACAUGACAUUAAUUCAUACAAAAGACAAACAGAUCAAGCAAAAAACUUACAUGUGUGAAAUUUGCGCUUCAAAUUUUCGUAACUCUUACGAUUUAAGAAAUCAUCAAAAAAGUUCACAUAGCAACAUAUCUGAAGAAGUUUGUUCAUAUUGUGGAAAGGCAAGUCACCUUUACAAAUAUUCCAUUAGAAAUAAUUUGUUUACCAACAUUUAUUCCACAGAUGUAUAA